AUGGAGAAAAUAUAAUACAAAGAACAAUCAAUUGAAAAUCUUUACAAAAUUAAGGGGUAAAUUGGCUCUGGAACUUUCUAUAAGGUUUUUGAAGCUGAAGAAAUCUAAGAGCCUCACAGAAAGGUUGCUCUUAGAGUACUUGACUUGGCAGUAUUCUUUUUAAGUAAUCAAGGGUAAUACUUUUUGACUUUAUUGAGGGAAAUCAAGACAUUCGAGCUAAAGCAUCCAAAUAUUGUGGAGAAUAUCGAUUGUUUUAUUGAUCAAAAUCAACUAGUAAGCGUAUUUGAGCUUGCCACUUAUGGUCUAGAUAAGCUCAUAGAAAGUUAUAAAUAGGAUGGGGUAUAUAUGACCAAUGUUCAAAUUUGCCAAAUAAUGAUUCAUAUCUUAAUGGGCCUUGAGUAUACUCAUAGCAAGGGAACCAUUCACAGAGACAUCAGUGCGGAUAACAUUCUAUUCUGUGCAGAAUAAGGCUUGUACAAACUAGCUGAUUUUGGAGUAGCAACUUUUGGAACAACAGUUAAUUAUGGAGGUAAACAUGAUUACAUGGCUCCAGAAGUCAAGGAGCAAAAGCAUUACAAUUACAAAGCAGAUAUUUGGUCUUCCUCACUAUCGACCAACAGCUUCAGAAGCACUCAAAGAGAUAUUUGA